AUGCCAACCGAAUCAGCGCAUGACCAAGAGAAACAACCAGGCGAUGCAAAGCCAGUCGCCCAGCUGGUGCAAUACCCGCCGGUGAUUAAACGAAUUCUCAUAAUGGUUGCAUUAUAUCUCGCCUUAUUCCUCGUUACUCUCGACCAAAACAUUGUCGCGACCGCGAUCCCGCGCAUCACCGACGAGUUCCACUCCAUAAACGACAUUGGCUGGUAUGGCAGCGCCUACCUCCUUACUACUUGCAGCUUUCAGCUCCUCAUGGGCAAGGUCUACAAGUACUACCCAGCAAAGCCCCUCUUCUUUGCAGGCGUCCUCUUGUUCGAGCUCGGUUCUGCAAUUUGCGGCGCGGCCCCGAGCUCCGUUGUCUUCAUUGUCGGUCGUGCCGUGGCCGGGUUGGGUGCUUCUGGUCUAUUCUCUGGCCUCAUGGUCAUCAUGUUUCAUACCAUUCCGCUCCAGCAGAGACCGCUCUGGCAGGGUGCCGCGGGAGCCCUGUUCGCCGUCGCCUCUGUCAUUGGGCCGCUUGUCGGCGGAGCGUUGACCGACAACGUCACCUGGCGCUGGUGUUUCUAUCUCAAUCUUCCGAUAGGAGCAGUGUCCCUUCUCGCCACGAUAUUCCUUGUCGACCUGCCGAGCCAGACGCUGGAGCCACGAGCAAAGACACUGGUCGGCAAGUUUCAGCAGCUUGAUCCCCUUGGCAAUCUCGCCUUCUUCCCCGGAAUUAUCUGUCUUGUCCUCGCAUUGCAAUGGGGCGGCACCAAAUACUCUUGGAGCAAUGCCAGAAUUAUCAUUCUACUCGUUGUGUGCGUUGUCCUUGUCGGCGUCUUUGUCGCGGUUCAGGCUUGGAAAAAAGAAGGUGCAACUCUACCGCCUCGCAUCAUCAAACAGCGCAGCAUCGCCGCCGCCAUGUUCUUCUGUUUCUUCAACGGCGCCGGGAUGAUGGUACUUCUGUACUACCUCCCUCUCUGGUUUCAGGCCAUUAAAGGCGCUUCGGCGGUGCAGUCUGGCCUCAUGCUCCUACCCACCAUCCUCUCCGUGGUCGUGGCGUCGAUUGGCUCUGGCAUCUUCAUCUCCCGGGUCGGAUACUACGCUCCCUUUUAUGUCGCCAGUUCCAUCUUGACGCCCAUCGGGGCCGGUCUCAUGUGCACAUUUACCACUUCAACCAGUCAAGGCAUGUGGAUUGGCUCACAAAUCGUCUUGGGCUUCGGUGCCGGUCUCGGUGUACAACAGCAUCUAAAUGUUGUGCAAACUGUGCUAGAGCGCUCUUAUAUUGCCGUAGGAUCUGCUGCUGUUAUUCUUGUUCGCUUCCUCGGUUCGGCAAUAUUCCUUCCCAUUGCGCAAAACGUUUUUCUCGGCCAUCUCGUAUCAAAAGUGGCAGCACUGCCGGGUAUUGAUGCCGAGGAAAUUGUCAGAGGCGGGGCUACUGAGCUGCGAUUAUUGGUGCCUGAAGAUGAGCUCGAUCAGCUUCUUCAUGAUUACAAUGCCUCUAUUGUCAAGGUGUUCUAUAUCGCGGCUGGUACCUGCGCCGUCACCAUCUUCGCUAGUGUCUGCGUCGAGUGGCGCAGCCUCAAGGCGAAGGCUCAAGCCGAGGCUGGAAAGGUGAAGUAA